GAUAUUUUUCGUUUCGUCCAUUAGUACAAAUUAAAUGUAAAUAAAACGACAACAUGGCACACAUAUGUGAAAGUAAAAUGAUAAUUUUUCUUCUGUUGCUGGUUUCUCCCUCAUAUGGAUUUCUAGAUGGGUUAUACUGUGGUUUGGAAAACUGUUAUGAAAUUUUGGGUGUCACACGAGAUGCUUCAAAAGGAGAGAUCACCAAAGGUUACAGGCGACUUGCAAGGAAAUGGCAUCCAGAUAUGGCUGCCAAGUCAUCAGAGGAAAAGAAGAAAGAACACACGGAGAUGUUUCAGAAAAUUGCUAAUGCAUAUGAGAUUUUAAAGGAUGAUGAACAAAGAACAGAUUACAACUACAUGUUAGAUAAUCCAGAUGAACACUUGGCUAACUACUACAGAUAUUACAGACGAUAUGCUCCAAAAGUGGACAUCAGAAUAGUUAUAGCUGUGUCCCUAACGAUUAUAUCUGUCAUUCAGUACUGGGGUUCUUGGAACAAUUAUCAGACAGCUAUUAAUUACCUUUGUAAAGAACCCAAGUAUAGAAUCCAGGCUAUUGGUAUAGCCAAGGCAGAAGGGCUCAUCAGUGGAAAGAAGGAUCGCAAAGACAAGCGAACCAAGGAGGAAAUAAGGAAUGAUGAGGAGGAAAUAAUAAAAAAAGUGAUUGAAGAGAAAAUGGAUAUCAGAGGAGGCUAUAGCAAGCCCAAUAUUAAGGAUGUAUUGUGGAUUCAGCUGAUCCUGAGUCCUUACUACCUAGUCCAGUACAUGAUAUGGUGGUGUCGCUGGGUGUGGAAAUUCUGGAUUUGUCGGGAGGAAUACGGAGAGGAGGAAAAGUUAUAUCUGAUCAGGAAAUACUUGAAAGCCAGUAGGUCCCAGUGGGAGGCCAGCCCUGUUCUGUUCCCAUUAGCAAAGGAGGAUGAUAUAGACGAGUAUAUGAGGAAACAAUUAUGGAUAAAAACAAAAUUUGAUACAUGGAAGACAGAAAGGGAGGAAGAAAUGAAAGCUAAACUAGCAGAGAGUGCCAGAUACAAGAGUUUUAGACGUUACAUGAAGAAAGGUGGACCAGGUCAAAUGACCUUUGGACCUGAAUAAACAAAGAGUGUGUCAUAGUCAGAGUAUCAGGGAGCCAGCUAAUUGAGGCAGUGGUUGCUUUGUGAUAUAUGUAGCUAAUCUAUUUACAGAUUAUACAGAUUUAAUUCUUUGGGAAUCGUUCUUAAUUAGUGUUAUCCUGUAUUUUUAAAUUUUGUGCUUGAAGUCACCAGAGUACCAGAUCAUGUUAAGAACUAUCUUCCAAAUAUUUUAAAAGAAUCUCUAAGGAAAUUUAAUGAAGGUUGUUGAUGUUUUCAUGUGUGUAAAUUCAACAUAGCCCAAGUUUUCAAUUGAGUAUGAAAAUUUAAAUAAGUUGAAAAACAUAUCAAUUUUUGCAUAGUACAGUCAAUACCAUCUGCAAUAUCACAUCACAAAAGUUGCCAUUCUUAGCUCACCUAAAUCAAAGGUUCUGUUUGAAGUUUGUCUGUCUUCUACCUCUGUCUGUUCACACUUUUCACAUUUUCAUUGUCUACUCAUUAAAGAUACAUUCCUAGUGAUCAAACAUGGUGCACAUGCUCUGUCCAUGGGUGGGGAGAUGAGAAUUCCAACAAAGCAGGCCACUGUUGAUUCUAAUUACCCAAAACGUGUCUGACUUCGACAGAAGAGCUGCAAGCUUAGUUUCUCAAAUUCGUCACAAGAAUUAAUCUUGCAAUCCGUGGAAGCAACUUAAACUCAAAAUUUAAAUUAAUGGAUAUAAAACCAUUCGUAAAUACAAAACUUUUCAACACCAAUAUGCCUUUCUUAACUGUAGAUUUGAAAAGUCAGAUCUGAAGAAGAUGUGAAGUUUUAUUAUUACACGAGAUACUGCAGCAAGUGGAAUACUGUAAACGUACCUUAUUACAUGCGGUACUUAUUUCCGCUAUGUCCAUGGUCGUGUAAAAUCCACGGAUUUUUAUACUAGCGUACUUAAAGGAUGUAAGCUAUUUUCAUGUAAGCCAUAUGCAACACAGCGGAAUUUCGUACCCACAGACCAAACCAAAAAUGAUAAUCCGCGAAAUUAUGAAUAAAUUCGUCAACAGUAAUAUCAUUAAACAUUAGAAAUCUCUAAACUACAAGCUAAUUAUAUAAUACGUGCAACUUUGGUGAGUGUUGUGGCCAUAGUCGUCUUGACAUAUGAACAAACCUAAGGUAUGUUUUGUGUAAACGAUGAGUGCAGAUGUGUUCGGAGUAAACAAUGAGUGUAAUUAUGUGUGUAGACAUACGUUAUGUGUUACGUCAGAGAUUUAAAAAAUUGUGCCAAUUAAGAGUAUGUUUCCUAACCAUACACAUAUUUAGAGGAUUUUUUGUUUUGUUUUAUAUAUCUGUACAUUAUUUGUAACAUGUGCUUCCUGAACGAUUCUCUUACAAUAUAAUUAGAAAGAAGUGUACAAAAAUACAAUGUAUUGUUUGACCAAAGUUGAAAAUGAAUUUUGCAUAGCACUUGUACAUUGGCUUUAAUAACCUUUAGAUAAUACAAGGGCUUCAUUACAUUGGACUGUAUAUUUUCAUUUGCAGGGAAAAUGCUAGAAUUAUCUGUAUACAAUUUGUUACACAUGCAGUAGAACAGUGUAUCAUCUUUGUGUGUGUGUGGGGGGGGGGGGGGGGGGGGGACUAGUGUUUCAAAGAGGAUGAAAUACUAAAGAUAUAGUGCUACUUUAAUUUAAUUAAUAACUGAGCAGUAUAGUUACAAAAGCUGAGACAAUUCCCCUCCUCUCUUCCCCUUUUCUGAUUUCUGCUUGUUAGGAAAAUGUUAUGGGUGUGCAUCCACCUUUUUGUGUGUAGCUAUACCACACAAGAAAGUACGAUUCCAAAAAUAACCAAAAAAAAAAAAGACAAAAAAUUGUUGAGUUAUAUUUUUAUGAUAAUCAUUGUGCAAUACAUGUACAUGUCUAUUAACUCUUUCUUUCAGGUAUGAUUUUUUUUUAUCUGUGCACAUUGUAUAAUAAGUGUACAAUAUAUGAUUUCUGAUACUUUUGUAUUGAAGAACAUUGUAUGUAUGGAUUUCAGAGGUGGAAGGGCUAUUUUCAAUCACAUUUUCACAAACUAUUUUAUCUUAUUCUUUGUAUCCAUUAAAGAAUUGUUAGACACCAAUUUUUAGCUCACCUGAUCAAAAUUUUAUUCAUCAUCUGUUGUUCCAUCGUAUAUAAACUUUUCACAAUUCUGACUUCUUCUCCAGAACCACGUGGUCUUUUUAACAAAACUUGACACAGAUUAUCCUCGUAUAGGAGGAGAUCAAAGGGGAGAUAAUUAGGAAAUAGUUAAUUUAAAGUAAGGUUUUUAAAAAUGGUGUCUUUUUAAAGAACCACUCGGCUAGAAAAGCUAAAAUUGCAUGAAAUCUUUCUUAUACAUGUAUUUGGUUAUAGUUUGCUUUCACAUGAAAAUGAGAGUAAUUUUGAAAAUGAUAUGGAGACAUACCAAUGAAUUUUUUAAAAAAAAACCCAGAUAGAUAUACAUGUAUAAACUUAAAUUUUUGGAUUUAAGUAAACUUUUGAUCUCUCUAACGUUUUAUAAAGAUCCCCUGAAGUUGAGUUAUUAAGAGUCACAUGUAUUUUCAUACAGUAAUGUAGUAUUAAGUUUGUUCAAACUAUGACCAGCAGGGUCUAAAAUGGGAAUUUGUUUUGUAGAGGAAUAUAUAGGAAAAUGUAUGAAAAUCUUUUGCCACAGGUCUAAAAUUUCUCAAAUUGAUAUGCAAGUAAUACUAUCCACAUAGAGGGUUAAGUUUGUUAACACCAUGGCCUUGGAGUGGCAGUACAAUUGCAUCUAUAAGCGAUGUGACAAAGUCGAUGGUUGCAGCCUUUAGCUUUUUAGAAAUGUAUGUAAACAUUUGUGUAUUGUGGAGUAUGGGCAUUUUUUAAAUAGUACUUUUUAAACUCUGUUUUGCAAGUAUAUUACUCAAUGACACCUAUUAAUUGUUAAUGUGUUCUGUUUCAUUACUUGUGAGUGAAAUUUAUAAUCAAUAGGAUUUUGUCAGAGUUUUUAAAAAUAGUCUUAUGAACUCAGCUACCGGUACAUGUAGCUUAUGGAAAAAAUAGAAGAUGUAAUAUGACAUAUCAUUUGUUGAACCUUUGUAUUCUAGUACUUAUAGUCAUACGCAACAUCUCUGCCAUUUGUUUCCAAAACUGUUUUUCACCUCCUCAAUAUGAAGUUCUUGUAUGGUUUCCAAAAUAGGUUUACUGUUUAUAUUGUAUUGAUAUUGCUGUAAUUUGUUUAUUGGUUUGUAUAUUGGACUGUUUUCAAAUUUGGUCAGUGGUUAGUUCACCUAUUUAGAAAUUCAAGGGUCCCAGGUUGAAUCUCAAAUCGAUCCAAAUAUUUUUCUUCCCUACUUUGUUACCAAUAGAAUCCUUCAUUAGUACGAGUGUGGUAUUGGGAAAUUCCACCAAGGGGACAAGAUUUGCGGUCUAGGGCGAGGCUUUGCCGAGUCCUAGACAGCAAAUCUUGUUCAAGAGGUGGAAUUUCCCUAUCCCACAUGAGUAAAUAAUGAAGGAUUAUUUUUCUCAUAUUUUAUCCACAGUUUUGUGAAUAAAUUCAAGAGCUUCGAGAAAAUUCAAAAUGAUCAAAAUUCUCAUUUGAACUUCAGUGCAAAAACUAAUUGUAGAUAUCCAGAAAGAGCAUACCCAAAAAUGGUUUACACUGUAAAUUUUACACUGUAAAUUUAAACUAAAAGGUUGUCCACUGGGUAGGUAUAUCAAAUUGAAAUAUAAAGAAAACAAUCCAAAAUAUUUUACUUCACUGUGUAAUGUAAUUCAUAGAAAAUAUAUGACGUCACAAUCAAAUGACAGACGUCGCAGCAGUGUGAGACAGAAAAAUCUCACAUGGGUAAAGUCAAUCCCACAUUGGUGAUAAUGUGAGAAAGUAAUGUCCAUAUAAUACAACCUUCUGUAAUAUGUAGAAGUUAAAGUUACAUUUUUACUUGCCACAACCAUGCAGGAACUAUAAAAAUAUGCUAACUCAAAAACAAACCUGGUAAUUAUACCCCAAAGUUUUUUUUUUGUAGAAACAAGAUGGGAUGCAAGUGAAUUGUAUCUGAAAUGUCAUGAAAAAUUAUGUUAUUGAGAAAAGUUGCGUAUGACCUUAACACUGAAUGGAAGCCUUGCAUUGCUGUAAUAUUUGGUCUAAUGAUAGGAUACAGCCACGAAAAUAACCACACAAUAUCAUGGUAUAAACCAGAAUUCAUUGAUGGUUACAUUGAUGUAUUUAACUGCCACUGCGAAACUUGUUUAGUGUUAUUUAUUAAUAUAUUAUUGGGGAGAUCUUUAUAUUUGCAAGGUUGUCUUAACAUGAAAGACAAGGUUCAAAUAAUUCUUAUUUUUAUAUAAUGAUAUAGAUAUAGUGAUAUGAAGCAAUGGAACGUUGAUGGAUAUUAUGUUUCACUGAUAAAUUUGACAAAAAAAGAUCCCCGAAAUAUUGAGAAUGAUUUAGCUGAUGGGAUAGAAUUGAUUAAUUAUCGAGUGGAAGUGUCCGCCCCUUCCCCAGCCAAAAAAAAAAAAAAAAUAUUCUAAAGUAAUGUAUAGGUCAGAUAUUGUUCUGCUAUGAAGUUUUGAAUAUCAAUGUUAUGUUAUAUAUGAUCAGAUGAUAUAGUGAGAAGUUAUUUAUGCUUUAUAUUUGUUAGACUGGGAGAAAUGUGUUCGUUUUUGUAUAUUACUGCACUAUCAAGUAGAACUGUGUUCAGUUAUUGCACAAAAUACAAUUGUUUCUUUCUAAAUGAGAAGAUGUGGCUUGGUAUGGUUUAUAGUAGCAGUGAAUGUUCUUCAUGUUGAUGAUAUCAUGUGCAUUUACUGAUGAAUUUUAAAUGGAGUUGGUGAGGUAUAUCUUUCUAUAAAAUAGUAUAAAUGUAUGUUUUCAAUUUUCCUCUUAUUUUUUCAUCUGGUUAUGUGGUUGCAAUCAUUAAUUUAUUAUUUUUCUUUAUCUAUUCUCAUAUUUGUCAGUCUGGAUGAGUUGAUACAUAGCUCUAAUGUUGGAAAAUUUAACACCUUUCCCCUCAAAGUGAACAUAAUGGGCAAUAAAGGAAAGUGUGAAAAAUGGAUAUACCACUGAGAAAAUUUAUUUGGAAGUUUGGUGAAAAAAUGAAGGAAAAUUUUUUAAUGUAAAUUGAGAAAGUAUAGAUUUGAAAUAUGUCAUUUUGAUCUCUCUACUUUAUAUAUGAAAAUGUAAAAUAUUGAAUGGAAAAUUUGUGCUAGAUAGAAUGUAAGUACUAAAAAUGUGAUUAAAUGAAAUAAAGUUUCAUUUUAUGUUGUU